UGUGUGUGUGAGCAGGUGAAGAGACGCAGCAGCGGCUUCACGCUCUCACUCUUCUUCACUCACUCACACUGAGUGCAGGUGAAAAUGACGCCAUCUUCCUCUUCCUCCUCUAACCACCUGCCGCUGCCGCGUCCCUUCCUCUUCCUCGUCCUCGUCCUGUUGCCGCUGCUGCGGCGGGACGGAGCGGCAGAGGACGCGGUGUGCGGCGACACUUUCCGCUCCACUCAAGACGACUUCGUACUGGACGCGGAGGACGCGGCAAAGGAGGGAGCGGCUCUUCUGGCCACUGCGCAUGUGCAGUCCCCGGACGCUUGUCAGCGCGCCUGCUGCAGGAAUCCGAGCUGCGACCUCGCGCUCCUGCAGCCGCGUGCCGCCGCAGCGGCGGAGAACCGCACCUGCGUCCUCUUCAGCUGCGUCCACAGAAACCGUUUCGUGUGCAGGUUCGUAAAUCAGGCCGGGUACCACAGCUACAUCAGAGAGUCCGUGUUCCGGAAACACCUGGCGGGACCGACGGGGACAGGGGAGCCCAUCGCCAACGCAGGACGUGAUGUCAUCGUCCAGCCCGGCGAGACGGUCACGCUGAACGGCAUCGAGAGCCUGGCUCUGGGCGACGCCCACAUCAGCGACUACCACUGGAGUGUGCUGGGCGGUCAGAGCGGCGUCAACAUGGAGAAGACAGAUUUACCUGACCAGGUGAGCGUCUCUGACCUGCGACCAGGACGCUACGUCUUCCAGCUGACCGUCACUGACUCCAACAACCAAUCAGACGAUGCCAAAGUCUCUGUCCUCGUCCUCGGCCCAGAGUUAUCCAGCUUGUACUGUUUGGCUCCGGUAAAGGUCGGCCCGUGUCGUGCUGCGUUUACUCGCUGGCGUUACGAUGCUGCGACAGGAAACUGUGAAAACUUUGUGUUUGGAGGCUGUAAAUCUAACAAGAACAACUACCUGACCAGAGAGGAGUGUGUGUCUGCCUGUAGAGGAGUGACAGCGACAGCAGAAAGAGGCUCCAUUCCCUCCUCCAAAGAGGUGUGUGGAGUGACCUGUCGUCCUGAUCAGAUGAACUGCCUCAGCGGCUGCUGUGUGGACACAAGUGUGGAGUGUGACGGAGUGAAUCACUGCAGCGACGCAUCAGACGAGGAGCACUGCAAUAACUUGAACCAGACCUUCAAUCGCCUGCUGAGCAUUGACAUAAACGAGCGGAAAGCUCGGUGUGCAGAGCCCCCUCUCACUGGUCCGUGUCGGGCCAGUCACACGCGCUGGUACUACGACCCCCUGGACAAGCAGUGCCACCGCUUCACCUAUGGUGGUUGUCAUGGAAACGACAACAACUUUGAGGCAGAAGACAAGUGCAACGUUAUGUGCGCUGGAGUCACAGAGCAUAAUGUUUUCUUCAGAGGAAUGUUUGAUCGUUAUGAGAAGGAGGAAGACAAAGACGACUCAGGCUCCAUAGCGCUGGCUGUGAUCCUGUCGGUGGCCAUCUUGGCUCUGUUAGCCAUCCUGACGUACUGCUUCCUGAAGAAGAGGCGCGAGCACUCCCAUAGGCCUGUCGCUGCAGGUCCCGCCCACGUGGCCCUGUCAGAGCAGGAUACACUGGUUUACAACAGCACGACCAAACCCGUGUGAUGUCAUCUGUGUGAGGUCACCAGUGCUGAUACCAUGGCCGUCAUGGUCCCGCCCCUUCAUUUAAAUACAGUAUAUAAUGGAUCAUUUCAAUAUUGUGGACACACACACACACAGUCACUUUGUGUUUGUUAUAUUUAUGAAUGAUCUCAGGUUUCUUCUUCAUAUUUUUUUGUUAUUACUUUUGUGUUUGAUGCUGAAAAGUUUUCGAGUGACAUUAAAAGAAAAAGUCCAAUCUAACACACGUGUAUGUGUGUGUGCGUGUCUCUGUGUGUAUACGUGUGCGUGUGUGUGUAUACAUGUGUGUGUGUGCGUAUACCUGUGUGUGUUUCUCUGACGUGUUCACACUCGUCUCUGGUUGUGUAACUGACUCCUGUGUCACAGACAUGUCUUUCCUGUCCAGCAGGGGGAGACAUAGUCUGGUUGUGACUCAUCUUUCAGCUGCUUUAAUCAAUGAGUAAUAAUUAAUCAUAAAUACACAUUUACUUUUACUGCAAAAACAAGAGAAAAUAAACACUGUAUCACUGUU